CAGUUUGGACCAUCAGGAUCCAUCGUCCUAAAACAGCCAGAGCUCAGAGAGAAGAGAAGGCCAGCUUGUCCUGAGCACACGCCUCUCCCAGCAGCUGUGUGUCAAGGACCAGGCUGGGAGCCAGAGGUGGCACAGUGUUCUGGGAGGAAAGAUGCUGUGAUAUGAAGGGGACAGAGAGGAGAGGGAGGCCACCACAAUGGUGAGGAACUCCGGGCCAGGCAGAGCCAGCUUCCUCUGCAGGUGAAGCUCAUGCAGAUCUGGAGAUGAGGAAAUGAGGAUCCCCUCCCAUGUCACAUUUCAGCCCUUGACUUCUGGUUUAUGAUUGACCAGGAAUCUGCUAAUGAAGUGUCAGACCAGAUCAGCUCCCUAAGCCUCAUCAGCCCCGGUACAUUCUCCUGGGUGUUGUUGGACGCUGAGGCCAUCUUGGACACUCUUGCAACUGUGGUAGCAGACUGAGUCUUUCCAAUUGCUGGAAAAAGGAUCUGCUGAUACUUGUGCCUGGGAACACAGGACUGUUCAGUGUCAGGACCCUGAAGAGGAAACAGAGCCCUCAGAACAACAUAGUUUUCCAGCGUACCCCAAUAUCCAAGUGCUAAGGGAAGCUGUGCAAGAAGGUCUCGCUGUUCCUGUGAUCACUGAUAUUUGAGAGCCACAUGUCUCCCAUGGCUCCUUAUCACAUCCGCCAGUACCAGGAGAGGGACCACAAAAGGGCCCUGGAAUUGUUCUCCAAGGGCAUUAUCGAGCAUGCCCCUGCUAAUUUCAGACAUGUUUUGACACUGCCCCAGACUCUCCUGACCUUACUUGGGAUGCUCGUGACCAUAGUCCUGGUUUAUGGCUCCUGGCUCCUGGCCACACUGUGCUGCCUCUUUGUACUCCUUUGCCUGUGGCUCUUUGUCUGGCAUUCUUGCAAAAAGUUUGUGUCUACAUGUUUGCAAGCAGACCUGGCUGACAUCACUAAGUCAUACCUGAAUGCACGUGGCUCCUUCUGGGUGGCUGAGUCUGGGGACCAGGUAGUGGGCAUCGUGGGUUCUCUGCCAGUCAAGGAUCCCCCAUUAGGAAGGAAGCAGCUGAAGCUCUUUCGCCUGUCUGUGUCCUCACAGCAUCGUGGACAGGGGAUAGCAAAAGCACUGGUCAGAACUGUCCUCCAGUUUGCACGGGACCAGGGCUACAGUGAUGUUGUCCUUGAGACCAGCAUUGUGCACUAUAGUGCUUUGGCUCUCUACCAGGCCAUGGGCUUCAGGAAGACAGAUGAGUUCUUUAUUAGCACAUUCACAAGGUUAAUGUCUUUUUCUAUCCUCUGUUUCACCUACUCUCUCCCUUUUGAUUGGGAACCACAGAUGUGAUCCUUCUCCUUUGUCUGUCUGUGAGACUCAGUUCACUCUGCUGCAGGAACCAGCAAACCCUCGUAGUUUACUGCUGCCAAUCACACGAGCUCAUUUUUCAUUCCUCUCAGAUCCAGUCUUGCUGGAGGUGAGUUGUAGGUUUUGUCUACCUGUUUCUUUCUGUCCUUUGAAGUGUCACCUUUUCCUUCCUGGUGCCGUGAUGAUAUAGCACCGAAGCCAACCUGAGCCCAUACUGCACACGCUUUAUGUUGAAACAUUAGCUCUCAAUUUCAGCUAGGUGUUCUCAAGUUCCAGCAGCCCAGUCAGGAUUCAGCAUCUGCAGAGAGGCGAAACUGGACCCAGAGGGAGCAGAGUACUUCCUGGGACACUGAACUUGUCACUUAGGGGAAAAUCUAAGACCUGCACAGAAGUGGAGCCUACUCCAGAGGUGUGGCACAGUCAGGGUUCAGGGUGGCAGUUGUUCUGUGAGAAGUGGAGCAGCGAAGUACCUAACUUACUGCUAAGCCACCUUUUGCCCAGGGGAGGAGGGGUCCUCUGAUACAGCGAGAGCAAUCUUGAAUGGCCUCUCCUGGGUGUGGUGAUCCCUUAUGGAUGCAGGGAAGGGUAAGGAGUCAGGAAGUGUCAUGGAUACGUCACCAUAGAGAAGAAUCCCAGAACCAAGUGGCCCUUGGUUGAUUUGCACAGCAGUGGCCUCCAGUGAUCCUGGUUAUCCUCUGUAAAAAGAUUUCAGAAGCUCAACCCCAAGUAUCUUACAGAGAAGAGAAGCCCCUGGAUUGACAGCUAAGAUGACAGUUCAGGAGCUGAAACAAAUGCACUCUCACAAUAGUGAGGUUGCUGGGUGAAAUUCCAUGCUGGAUGAGGGAGCCUCCCUGAGCUGUUGUAAGGAGAAGCGCUGAGGUCUAACAUAAAUGCUGUUGCCUCUGCCUUUGGUCGAAUGCCUGACCUAGGGACUCAUUCCUAAAGACAUCGUAUGCCUCUGUCUCAGACUUAAAGGAGUCCAACAGGGAGUGAGCUGAAGGGUCUCUGCUGGCUGAAUUUCUAGUGCCAAGAGGACAAGGCAGGCUGCUGAGGGAGAACUGUUGCAGACAGGUUUGCUUGGUUCUGGAAUCCACGUGCCGUACUAUUACAUGCCAGGAAGAUGUACACAGUGCGGC